UGAAAAGAAAGAAAGAGCAAGAUGUGAGAGGUGAAGAUAACGAGAGGGAAAGGUGGGUAAAAGGGAAUAAAAUAUACACUACAUGGCCAAAAGUACACCUAAAUAUUACAACUAUAUGUCACUGAACAUGUCGUUCCAAAAUCAUGGGCUUUAAUCUGCUGCUGUAACAGCCUCCGCUCUUCUAGUUUCAGUCUUUCCACCAGAUGUUGGACCUGCUGCAGGGAUUGGCUCCCAUUCAGCCACAAGAGCAUCAGUGAGGUCCAGCACUGAUGCUGGGUGAUCAGGUCUGGCUCAGAGUCGGCGUUCCAGUUCGUCCCAGAGGAUGUUGGAUGGGGUUGAGGUCAGGGCUCUGUGCAGGCCAGUCAAGUUCUUCCACACCAAACUGGGAAAACCAUUUAUUUAUGGAGCUGGCUUUGUGCACCGGGGCAUUGUGAUGUUGAAACAGGAAAGGUUUGAAUUCCCCAAACUGGUGUCACAAAGUUGGAAGAACUCUGUUGUCUAAAAUAUCAUUGUAUGAUGUAGCAUUAAGAUUUCCCCUCAUGAGAACUAAAAGGCCUAGAUCAACCUGCUGCUCUGCGUCCAUUUACUUUUGGCCAUAUAGUGUUCUAAGCCAGAACAAACAAAAAGAUCGAGGGAGGAAGAAUGAGAAUAAAACAAAGAAGGAAGAGAGGCAAAAAGUGACUAGCAGGUAGGAUGAGAGAGAGUUAGAGACAACGAGAGAGAGAGAGAGAGCUGCAGAGAUAGGAAGAGAGGGGAGGGGGGGAGAGGUUGAGAGAUACCGAGAGAGAGUGGAGAGAGAGGGAGACGAGCACAAAGCAGAAAGCUCAUGAAGAAGAAGUGAGAGUAGAGGCAGAGGAAGAGGGUCGUGGAAAAAGGAACAAAAUAAAGAACAUAAAAGAACACUCAACAGCCUUGCUGAUGAUCAUCCACCAUCUUUAAGAGCAUAUUUCGAGAGAGAGAGAAGUAAAUUUGUCACCAUGAUGAAGUCGUGGAGUCGCCUCUGCUUCCUCGUUCUAGCAAUUUCUUCCAUUUCCAGAGGACAAAAUGAUACUCCAGCUCCACAUAACGAGAAUAUAAAUCAGAAGAAAGAUUCCCCUACCCCAACCCCGCUGUCAUUGGAUAAAUCUCAAAAUGAAGCCUCGCUCUCCACGACGCUCCCACCUCAUCCUCAGAGUCAUACACCAGUGAAUGCAACAGUCUUUAUGGCUCAAGAAACAGUAUGGGUUGCAACCACAGAUUCUCCUGACUUUAAUGGCGACAGUGACGACACUCUUACAACAGAAGGAGUCGAUGGCGGCUCAGGGCCGCAGACGACAGCUUCAGUCAGCGUGCCACAGACCACGGAGGAAGGUGUUAAUGUUGACGCGAAUGCAGUCUCCAUGACGACGGCCGGUGCCUCAUCAAACUCAGAUCCAGCUGAAGGCCGGGGUCAUUUUUGGAGUUAUGUGAUCCUGGUACUUAUCAUCCUGGUGAUCAUUGUUCUGUGUGUCAUCCUCUACUUUCUCCGGAGAGUCUCCAGGACGUACUCGUUUGACCUCCAGCGUCCGAGUCCUGUAAACCAUCACAACGAACCCACCGGCACCUUUGAACCGGUCUACCUGGACGACCUGGAUCAACCAGCUUCUAAAGACCAAGUGACCACCGAUGACCUUUCACCUCCUCCUGCCAACGGCUCAACAAUACAGUCGGAGGAAAAGGGCUCCAAUGGAGAGAACGCUCCACAGGAAACUCCAGAUGCAAACGGUCUGGAGUCUUCACCCACCAGUAACACCAGUCUCUCGCUGGGCGACGACCCAGCUGACAAGACAUCCAGCCCAAGUACAUUCAUAUUCUUUGAUUCUGGGAAGGAGCAGCAGAACGAAAACAACAACAACCCAUCGGUUUGCUCCAGUGACCCUUUCGUUGAAAUAAACCUCGACGACCCGGCGUGGUGCGAUCAGUUCCUCACCUCUCCUGAAGCAACUUCUUCUGUCCUCCCCUUCUCUCCUUUCUCCUUCUCCUCCUCUUCUUCUUAGCACCUUCACCGAUGACCCCAGGAUCAACAUGGAGGCAGCGACUGUGUCUAUAAAAAAAUCUGCAAAGAUUUUUGCCUUUUAUUUCCAGUCUGCUCGCAACUAGCCGGGAUUAUUUUUCAGUGGACAGUGUGUAAAUCUCAACCGACAAGCUGUAAACGUAAAGUUAGCUGAAGCAUUUUGUUGUGGUUCAACUGUGGUGUCUUCCCCAAAACACAGUCAACAACAGCAGUCAGCUCAGUUAACCUGAAAUAACCGUUAGCUAGCCAACUAGCCAGCCGGACAACUCAGUGUUUUUCGCUGUAGCCUUUAGCAGUAGCAAGCCUUUGUGUUAUCGCAGUGGUGUCUUUAAAAUAAAUGAAGAGCCCGUGUCUUUUGAUGGUGCUCCUUCAUCAGCCUUAAGCACUGUUUCUCAAACUACAAAAAAAAUGUUGCUAGCAAGCUAUUAAAAAUCUGUCUUCUGUGUUUCUGUAGUGCGACCCUGACAAAAUAAAGUUUUAACUGCACAACUAGA